AUGACCAUUGUCAUCUUCUACAUAAGACGAGGAAGGCGCGGCGGUACGGGGAGUGAGGCGGCGGCGUGCACGUCGCGCUCGCGAGUGUGGGCUCGUUGUGUAGCCGUUAGUUCAUCGGUCCGCUCCGAGCAAGCCGCGCGCGCCGCAAACAUGACCUCCAAGCAGUUCACUCGGGAGGAGAUCUCCAAGUGGAAAUCAGAAAACAAAAACGACACUGUAUUUAUAAUCGACAACGUAGUAUACGAUGUUACCAAGUUCCUAGACGAGCAUCCCGGUGGACACGAGGUGCUGCAGAACGUCGCUGGCAAGGACGCGUCGGAAGACUUCGACGAUGUGGGCCACAGCCUGGACGCCAAGGACCUCAUGCUGAAGUACAAGGUCGGCGAGAUUGUGGAAUCAGAGCGCGUGCACUCGCAGAAGCGGCAGAUAUCAUGGGAGGACAACAAGCAGGAGAAUGAGAGCAGCUUCACGAGCUCCUGGAAGUUCCCUGUGUUGCUGGGUAUCGUAGUGACCUUGCUGUACAGCUACCUGUUCGGGUAG